AUUCUACUUCAUGAGAUUCCAUCCAUCAAUAUUUCAAUGGUUCAUUAAAUCUAUGAAUGCAUAUAAACAGUUACAGUCAUUCGAGGAUUUUGAAUAACCCAAAAUAUCAAAAUAUUAUGAGUUCCAAAUUAGAAGAGGAGCUGCCGCCGCACGUGGUGAUUUUCCCAUUUCCGGCGCAGGGCCACAUGAAUUGCAUGCUCAAUCUCGCUCAUCUCUUCUGUUUAACCGACUUCCACGUCACCUUCGUCGUGUCGGAAUUCAGCCACCGCCUCCUCCUCAGCAGCACCUCCGUCCCCGCCACCUUCGCCGCCUAUCCCGGCUUCCAGUUCCGGAGCAUCCCCGACGGCCUCCCCGACCACCACCCCCGCUCCGGUGCGAAAGCCGCCGAUGUCGUUCCCGCCGUCACAAACCACAUGGUCCCACUUUUCAAGAAAAUGAUGGCGGAGGAAGACUUCCUCGCUUCCCCCCAUCGUAGGCCGGCCACGUGCUUCGUCGCCGACGGCUUUUUCACUUUCGCCGUCGACUUCGCGGAGGAGAACGGCAUUCCCUUGAUCUAUUUCCGAACUCCUAGCGCCUCCUACUUCUGGGCUUAUUUUCAUGUUGAUGAUCUCAUUCAAGCUCAAGAAAUUCCCAUCAAUGCAGAGAAGUCGAUGGAUUUAUUAGUGGAAGGCGUGCCAGGAAUGAAAGGAUUCCUCCGCCGCCGCGACCUGCCGGGAUUCUUCCGCACCUACGACUUAAACGAGCCGCUUCUUCAGAGCUUAGCUGUGGCGACGAAGCAAAUCGUACGAGCACAAGCAGUCAUAUUCAACACUUUCGAUGAUUUGGAGGGGCCGAUCGUAUCACUCAUGCUCGAGAAAUUGCCAAGAAUCUUCACUAUCGGUCCAAUCCACGAGCAGCAGAAAUCAAAGCUGAUGGAAAAGAAAUCCGAGGCCUCGGCCGUCGCAGCCAAUUUCUGGGCGGAGGAUCGGAGCUGCAUAGAUUGGCUCAGCGCUCAGCCUCGGAGAUCGGUGAUCUAUGUGAGCUUCGGGAGCACGACGGUUGUGACGAGAGAGCAAUUGAUGGAGUUCUGGCAUGGUUUGGUGAAUAGCUCGCAGAGAUUCUUGUGGGUGAUGCGGCCGGACUCCGUCGCCGGAAAAGAUGGAGACGGCCGAGUUCCGGCGGAGCUGGCGGAGGGUGCUAAAGAAAAGGGUUACUUUGUGAAGUGGGUCCCGCAGGAGGAGGUGCUCAACCAUCCCGCGGUGGGAGGGUUCCUUACGCACAGCGGAUGGAACUCGACUCUCGAGAGCAUUGUUGCCGGCGUGCCGAUGAUCUGUUGGCCUUAUUUUGGCGACCAAACUAUUAAUAGUAGGUUCGUGAGUGAGGUUUGGAAGAUAGGCGUUGAUAUUAAAGAUACGUGCGAUAGAUUGAUUAUUGAAGAGGUGAUCAGAGAGGUUAUGGUAGUGAGGAAGGAUGAAUUCUUGGAAAGAGCAGAUGGUAUGGCAAAAAUGGCUAAGAAGGCUGUGGAAAGAGGAGUGGAGCAUGGGCCGUUAAUUCAAGCCCAAGCCCAAAUUCAUAGAAGCCUCAAAUGCGAGAAGUGAGAAGAAGGAAACAGAGGAGUGUAGAAAGCAGCAGCAUAAUCUAGAAUAUGGGAGAAACCGCCAGAUUUUUCAUCUCAUUGCUAUAAAUUCUCCUCCUUCAUCCCUUCUCCCCAUCAAGUUAUACAACAAAUUCUCAGCAAUCAAACAAUCGCACGCAUUAAUUCUCUCGAUUAAAAAGCUGAAAAUGUCUCUGAUUCCGAGCUUCUUCGGCAACCGCCGCAGCAACGUCUUCGACCCAUUCUCCCUCGAUGUUUGGGAUCCCUUCGAGGGGUUUAAUUUCCCCUCCUCCGCCCGUGAAACCACCGCGGUGGCCAACGCCCGCAUCGACUGGAAAGAGACGCCGGAGGCUCAUGUGUUCAACGUGGAUGUUCCCGGAUUGAAGAAAGAGGAAGUUAAGGUGGAGGUCGAAGAUGGUGGAAUUCUGCAGAUCAGUGGAGAGAGAAGUAAAGAGCAGGAGGAGAAGAAUGACAAGUGGCACCGCGUGGAGAGGAGCAGCGGGAAGUUCCUCCGCCGCUUCAAGCUGCCGGAGAAUGCGAAGCUGGAGCAGGUGAAGGCGGCCAUGGAGAAUGGGGUGCUGACUGUGACGGUGCCUAAAGAGGAAGUGAAGAAGCCAGAAGUCAAGGCCAUUGAUAUCUCUGGUUAAAUAAUAAAUUAUUUUGAAUUUCGGAUUUGAUUUUGGAGUGAGUGUCGUUUUUGUGUGAAUGGGGUGAUUACGUUGUGUAUUGUGUAAUAUGAUCAAAGAGUGCUGUUAAAUCGUCAAAUAUUAAUAAAAAAGUUUGUUUAAUUACAA